AUUUAAGAUAGUAUUUGAAAAGCAAAGCUAAGAACUGAGAAGAAAUGAAAAUAAAAAGGAUAGCAUAGUGCCAUAAUGGAAGCUUGAGAAGGAAGUGGUCCAAAGAAGAAGAAAGAUGAAGGAGAACUACUCAUACCAAUCGUAUCCAGAUUCAGGCGAGUCCUCUCCACGCUCCAGAGAGAUCGACUUCGAGAACCCUCCUCCAUGGGACCACCAAAACUACAAAGCCAAGUUCAUCUGCAGCUAUGGCGGCAAGAUCCACCCACGCUCCCACGACAACCAGCUCUCCUACGUCGGCGGCGACACCAAAAUCCUCGCCGUCGACCGCUCCAUCAAGUUCCCCGCCAUGCUUGCCAAACUCUCCGCCCUCUGCGACGCCCAAGACAACAACAUCACCUUCAAGUACCAGCUCCCCGGCGAAGACCUCGACGCUCUCAUCUCCGUCACCAACGACGACGACCUUGACCACAUGAUGCACGAGUACGAUCGCCUCUACCGCGCUUCCGCUAGACCCUCCCGCAUGCGAUUAUUCCUCUUUCCUUCCGAUACUCCUCCUUCGCCUCCACCUGCUUCUGCUCCACCUGAUACCGUUAUCAAACCUAAUAACGUCGAUUUUCUCUUCGCUCUCGAAAAAAACGUCGCCGUCCCUGCUCCUCCGCCUCCUCAGCCACCACCGGUUUCUGUCAAAUUUAAUGAUCCGCUGCCGGAGCCUGUGGCGCCGCAGCCGGAGUACCGGUCGCGGUUGAAUUUUAACCCUGCGGUUUCGGAUCCAAGCGCGAUUCAGCGCCAGUUGCAUCAAUUGCAAAUUGCGGAGAACGAGAAAGCUUCGUAUCGGAGGAAGAACGAGGAUAAUUACCCUGCCGGUGAUUACUACGUUCAGAAAAUGCCCGAGAAGUUCCCGCCAGCGAAUUUUCCGGCAAGCGCACCGGGUUAUUGGCCUGAAAAACAUGUUUCCGGCGAGGCUUAUCCGCCGGCGGUUACGGCAACGUCCGGCGGAGGGGAACCGUCGGUUCAUAUGAUUCCGGCGCCGGGGACGUUCUAUCAUGCACCAGUUAUGCGGCCUCCGGCCACUCAGGGAUACUACGCAGUGCAACAAAUGGGUUCUGAUAAUUACCGUGAAGCACCGGUUUAUGGCGGUGUUCCGCCGCCUAAAGCGGCGAUUCCGGCUAGCUUGGCGCCGGCGCAGCAGCCGGUUAAGGCUCCCGCGUAUACGGAAGGAUUCGGAAUGGUUCGGCCAGGUGGGAUGCUGGAUAAUACGGUUGGUCCGUACUCGCAGGUGGCGUACGAUAGUGCGAGUGGGAGACAGGUUUAUUAUACUGUGCCGGGUGGUGGGGUAGUGCACGCUCCUCCGUACCAAGGGGUUUUUCCGCCCGUAACCGCAGAUAUGAGACCGGGUGUGGUGUCGUUGGGUCAGGAUGUUAAAGUCAUAAACAAGGUUACUCAAGGUUCAGUGUGAUCAUUAUCGACCCAAAAAUAAUAAUAAUAAUAAUAGUUCAGUGUGAUUAUGAUUAUGGUUUAUCGCUACAUAUCUUUUUAUUUUCUUUUUUGUUACUAUCUUGUUCGUAAUCCUAUUUAUGUAAUAGGGAUAUUAUUAGCUUUUUAGUUUUUCGUUUGCUAUUGUUGUACACAAUAUGUCGAUGAUGAUCAUAACUUAUAUCAUAUUCCUAUGGUUUUGUGUAGAUUUCUUUCUGUGCUGCUAA